CAUAUGGCGAUUAUCUUUAAUUGUGUUGAUUCCAACUUUCGGUUUCUUUGCGUUGCAUCAAGACUGAAAAAUGGCCGUUCUUCGAUUUUUUCUUCUUGCCGUUUUGGUCAAAUGUGCAAUUCUUGAUAAUCCUCUUGAUUUUAUGAGUGAAAAUCAGAAGAGGAACUUAGGGACAUUAAAACUUGAGAGUUUACCAGACAAGGAACACCGCGUUCUACGAGAGGUCAUUCUUCACGGAAACGCGACGGCACAUUGGUGUUGCAAUGUUGCUACCACUAGGACAAUCAUUGAGACCCAUUCACACUUGAUAUACACUGCAAAGAUCAGAGACAGAGUCACCUAUACCAGCUGCGGAUUCCUUUGGCUCAGUUCAUGCUCCAGACACCAUUACUCCUAUUAUUCCUCUCCAAUGUACACAACCACUUACGAGUCUAAAGUAAUAAACACCUCCUGUCCUGAUCAGAAUCUUGUCUGCUGUAAAGGAUACGUUCUUGUUGCAGAACACUGUUUACCUCUCUCCGAGAUUCCAGCAAUAAAGGAUGACCUGAUUGAUCUUCACCACGCUGGUGUUUUGGGAUGAUAUGUCGAACACAAAUAAAAGAUAUUAAACAAUA